AUGAAUUUAAACUUGGCCGGUUCGAAGAAGAAGCAUCGUAAAAACAAGAAGUACAGCAUAGUGACACUCGAUCUGUUCAGACCAACGAAGAAGUCAUAUCCAGAAUUCGAUUACGAGCAGAUCUGUAAAGAAUAUUUGAAGGAAGAUGAAUCAAGUGGUGAAGAUGAACGAUUCCAUGAUAAAGAAGCGGAAAUGUUGUGCAAGAGGCUGGAGGAAAAAUAUGGUGGUCAAAAGGAUAAAAGAGGUCGUCGAAUUCGGCUCGGAACACCGGACGAUUUUAUGGAUAAAUCAGCUGGAUAUGACCUCAACGAUCCUUUCAUUGACGACUCUGAGGCUUACGAUGAGCAUGUGCCGUCCACGAUGGACACGAUGAAAGGUGGCUUUUACGUUAAUAAGGGAAAAUUGGAAUUCCGACCCAAAUAUGCGCAAGAUUCAGACAGUGAUAGUGAACAGUUGACUGUUAAGAAGAAGCCUGCUGAGAAGCGUCGUCGUGUGGCGAGUGAUGAUGAAGAAACGAAUGCUAAAUCGAGCCAAGCUGCCAGCAGCAACCCCACAGCAACCGUACCAAAGGCAUCAACAUCGAAGCCAAUCGCUGAGAUGUUGUCGUCAACACCCUCCUCAUCGUUACCAUCCAGAAAAACUAAUGAAUCUGGAUGCGAGUCUGUGCCGAACGAACCAACCUCAGAGUCCGUUCGUCUAUCUGCGUCUGGUGCACCGCCGUCCUCAUCGAAUAAAGAUUCAGCAUCUCGUCGUCUAUUAUCACAACAACAACAACAGCAAAUCAAAAAGAGACGUCUCAUCGGUCAACCACCGUCUGCGAGAAUCAACAACUCUUUAUCAGCAACACCGCCAUCAUCCAAACCCACUCCUAGUUCUACCAAAAAAUUGAAAACUCAACAGUCGAAGAAGGGUGCAGUGGGGGAUAGUUCGGCUGAAGAGUUGGAUGGAUUUUUGAAGGAUAUGACUGGUGGUGAGGAUAUUUCGUUGGAGAAUCUUGAUGAAGGAAUGAACAAACUGGCCAAAGAAUUGUUGCACGAAACACCUGAAGGAUCACGAUCUCCUUCGAUCGCCUCUAACCGUGAGUCCGAUGCACCAACGAUUGAUUUAUCGAAAGAAGAUAGAGACAGUCAGCAGCACAGCCGUGCUCAGUCUGAACCAUCAGCUGCGUCAUCUGAGCAAACAUCAAGCGCUAUCAAACGACCACCAUUGGGCAGACCACCUGGUUCUACAAAUCUUACUCCUGCAUCAAAACCAUUUCAGGCGUCCAAACCAAGUAAGCCAAAAAUGUCGAAGAAAUUGUCAUUGUUGGUUGAGACGUUUAAGCAGAAAACCAAAGAAUAUGGUGCUCCCGAAAAGAAGAUACGUCUUCCACCAAGUCUUGUUGAUCUUUGUGUUCGAAUCGAGGAGCAGUGCUCAAUCGAUGGUCUAAAUCACCAUAAUAAAACACGUGUUUUUGAUGUGAUAUCGAAGUGGGUUUGUGUUCAACGAAGUUCGUUGUAUUUUCGUAUGAAAGCGUAUAAGGAUCGCAAACUUUCGUUGCAAAAAGCCGUCGAAACAGGAAACGAAUCCACAACGGGAACUGCAGACGUGUCGCCGCCACAAGCUGGGACAACUUCAUCGUCUUCGUCGUCAUCCUCGUCAUCUGAUGGUGCCGGACAAGACGAUCUUGAGGCACAUCUACGAACCGCAUCUACCAACGAACAGCUAUCAACUCCUGACACUCACUAUAAAAGUAAAGAUGUCGUUGGCACUCCAUGCAAAGACCUAACAGCAGAAGGUCAGUCGACCACAGCCCUUUCUCAGCUGAAUGCAACUACCUCAGUGAAGCAGUCGGGAAUACACACUAGUGGUGCUAUUAAUAAUAGUAAUAAGUUGAGUGAGACAAAUAGUUCUUUCUCACGACUCAAUGCGAAAACAACUAAUGAAAGCUCGAAAUUGAACCCCAACAACAUGGAUGCAUUUCCAACAACGCCAACUUCUGCAAGUAACAGUAACAAUUUAACAAAAAUGCGAACGCCACAGACAUCGCUAUCAAAUAAUGUUCAAUCCAUAAGCAGUCCAUCACAAAAUGUGUUGAGCACGUCAAAGGGUCGCGAUGCAUUGAAUUCAACAACGAAACAGGUGUCCACGUUGAAAUUUGAUCCGAAAUCAGUGACACCACUGUUAUCGAAUAACAGCCAAAACCAGAGCAAUAAUGCAACAGCAGUGAAGCCCUCUCAAGCACCACAACUUCUAUCAACUGAACAAGAUAUGCUGAAUAAAACUAUGAGUCAGCUAUCGUCAACGAAUCCACAACUGUUCCAAUUAUUAUCGGCAAUGCUCCAACAAAGAGCUCUGUCGAGUGAUCCCUCAAAACAGCCACACCAAAAUUUAGCAACGCUCCAAAUGAACGUUGCCGCAAUUCUGGCAGCCAAUCAGCAAAGCGAUCUGCUCGCGCAAUACCAACUGGCCAUCAGUAAUUUAGCGACAACACCUCAGCAACAAUCGCACUCAAAACACCAUCAACAACACACCCAAAAAAGUUCACAGUCAAAAUCUCAAAAGAAAACGCCACUUCCGUCGUCCUCUUCUGUCAUCACAUCCCCGUCACCCGCAAAAAGUCUAAAUUCAAAACCAAAGAAGUGCUCCACCUCCUCGGCAUCGCUCGUUCCGCAUCCGACAACGCCUCUCUCAUCGGUUCCAUCCGCAUCUCGCAUAACGCCUCCUCCUCCCACUACAAUGGCCGAACGUAUGGCCUCGUUGUUGGCGGUAAGUAAUACGAGCAAACUGGAAAAAGUGAUCGCCAAAAAUAAUGGCUCUAAUACGACGAGUACGGCUGAUUCGAAUACGACCGCCGCGACUGCACAGAAGUCAGUCUCGACAAAGCCCUCAACAACGAUAUCCACUUCAUCGGUUCAAUCGUCGUCCAGUGAUCAUCAGAGCAAACUAACGACACCAGCAGAAAAACCCAAAAGCACGAUACCAACAACAACAGUGUUGGCGAGCAACAGCAACGAAAAGGUAGCGCAGGCGUUGCUGAUGAUCAAAAAGGCUGUCGACGCUCUUCAUGCUGCGAUCGCAGUGGCCAUAUCCUAUUCGGACAAUGAGUAUGAAAUCGAAAGGAAGCGCGCUGAACGCGCCAGUUCAGGUGGCGUUCCGCAGAAACGUUUCAGAUGGAUCGAAAGAGUGCGAUCCGCACUGAAACAGUUGAUCAGUGUGUUAUUCUUCAAUUUGGAAGCGCAGUGUCCCAGCAAGGACGAGGUCUAUUCAACAGUUGCGCAGUAUCUGUUCUUCAACGUGCUACCGUCUUUCAAGAAUCGUGUCACGUUCGAGAAUAUCAUCAACGAGAGCGUUCGAUUGGCACCCGAACGUGCACAGCUCAAGAGCUGUCCUCGAACGAUCGCACUUUUGAGAAUGAAACCGCCGACGGAUACCAAGAAAAAAAGUGAACCAUCAACUCCAUCAAGUUCAUCUCGUACCACCAACUCAUCGUUGUGUCCCGAUUCAAAAAAGUCCGGACAUUCCGAAAAAUCCCCAAAAACUGCACCUGAGCCAAACGCAUCCACUGCCACCCUCUCAGCGUCCAAAACAACUGAGAUCAAAAGUGUUCCACCAUCCGAUGUGUCGACAACAAUUGACUUAACCAAUGCGAAUAAUCACCAUCCGUCAACUGCAAAUGACUCCGCUAAAACAUCCACCACCACCACCACCAUAACAAAAACACCGAAAAUAUCAGCGAGUGAACGUUCGAAAUCGUCGUUGUCGAGUGCAUCUCAUCGUGACUCAUCGCCCGUAUCGGUUCGACCCAAAGAUGAUAAUAGCUCGAAAUUGCUGAAAACCAAGAAUGUUGUCAACAAUCCCUCAGAGAAAUCAGAUGCUUCCAAACCGGAUCAGAUCCCAAGCGCGACAGUGCCUUCAAAUCAACAGAAACCUCGCACGAAGCACACCGAUCAGCACGAAGUGACAGUACGAAGUAACAGUAGUUCAUCGUCAUCAUCACCCGCUCAACGUCCAUCACAAUCUACUUUCAGUCCUAAACUAACGCCUGGUCAAAAACUGAUAAUCGCUCGUGAGGCUGAGGAACGUGAACGAAUCUUAGCCGAGAAAGCCGCACGUGAGAAAGCUGAACGGGAGCGUGAGGAACGUGAACGUGAACGUCAAAAGAAGAUACAGGAAGAAAAAGAACGUGAGGAGGCAGAAAAUCGCAAACGCGAUGAAGAAGCGAUUAGAAAAUGGGAAAUGGAGGAGGCCGAACGCUUAGAGGCAGCUGCCGAGGAGGAAGAAGCAGAACGUGAAGCUCAAGCUGAAGCUGAGAAGAAACGUUUGCAAUUUGAGGAAGUUGAAAGGCAAGGGCUGUUAGAAGGAGAACUGGCAGCAGAACUUUUAGCAAAGGAACAAAUGGAAACCGAACAACUUGUUGACGAAGAGAAAGGAGAAAUGCCUUUGCAAAAUGAAGAAGGAAUGGACGAACGAAUCGAACGAGAAAAAGAACAGAGGGAGAGGGAAGAACGUGAACUGGAGUUGAAACGACUUCAAGAGGCUGAACGAAAACGGCAAGAAGAGAUCGAUGAAUUACUCGGAAGUUUAUCACCGCUUGAUUUCGAUGACACUGAAACCGUUCCUGAUCAACUAGCACAACAACAACAACAACAGGAACCACAGCAAAUAUCAUUAAAUUUCGGAAGCGUAGAGCAACCGAUGAGCCACGAGAGUUUGCAAAAUCCCUCCACUCCAUCGAGUUGCGGUUAUGUGGGAAUUAUUGAGAACUCUCCGUCAUCAUCUCGUAGUGAUCCACAGCGAUUAUACGGAGCUGGUUAUGGCGCUACGCAGCAUGGCUCACCGAUGUUUCAACAGAUAUCGACACCAACGACCGCAAGUCCUCACUCUAUUCCACAUUCGCCUUUACAACAACAACAACCGCGUUCUUCACCUAUGCAAACCAUUCCCUCGUCGCCAUCCUAUUAUAAUCGUAUACAGUUAGUACUUCGAUUUUUUUUCUAA